UACACGUUUCCUUUGCGCGGCUGACGGAUAGACUAGCUCCUCCCCUGCCGUGCGGCGGACCCGCUUGACGUUGCAAAGCAGCCCUUUCAUUCCUACUCUACGAGAUCUCCAUUUUCUUCGACCCGAGACACGGGAAAAGCGGGUGAUUAUCUAGGAAAAUGAAUGAAGAAUACGACGUCAUUGUUCUGGGGACCGGCCUGACGGAAUGCAUCCUGUCAGGUAUCAUGUCCGUGAAGGGGAAGAAGGUGUUGCACAUGGAUCGGAACUCCUACUAUGGUGGAGAGAGCGCUUCCAUUACACCCCUGGAGGAUCUCUACAAACGCUUCAGUAUGCCAGGCAGCCCACCUGAGUCGAUGGGGAAGGGCCGUGACUGGAAUGUGGAUCUCAUCCCCAAGUUUCUCAUGGCCAACGGCCAACUGGUGCGCAUGCUGCUCAUUACCCAAGUGACACGCUACCUGGACUUCAAGGUGAUCGAGGGCAGCUUCGUCUACAAGAAGGGCAGCAUCUACAAGGUGCCUUCCACUGAGACCGAGGCCCUCGCCUCCAGUCUAAUGGGUCUCUUUGAGAAGAGGCGGUUCCGGAAGUUCCUCGUCUACGUGGCCAACUUUGAUGAGAAUGACCCCAAGACCAUGGAAGGUGUCGACCCCAAAAAGUCCACCAUGCGUGAUGUUUACAAGAAGUUUGACCUGGGCCAAGAUGUAGUGGACUUCACUGGCCAUGCCCUUGCUCUCUACCGCACAGACGAAUACCUGGACCUGCCGUGCGUUGACACCAUCCACAGGAUCAAGCUGUACAGCGAGUCUCUGGCGCGCUAUGGAAAGAGUCCCUACCUGUACCCCCUGUAUGGCCUCGGAGAGCUGCCCCAGGGUUUCGCCAGACUAAGUGCCAUCUAUGGAGGAACCUACAUGUUGAACAAGCCCAUAGAGGAGAUCGUUGUGGAGAACGGAAAGGUGGUCGGCGUGAAAUCCGAGGGAGAGAUUGCUCGCUGUAAGCAGCUGAUCUGUGACCCCAGCUACUUAAUGGAGCGGGCCAAAAAGGUGGGCCAGGUGAUUCGACUCAUCUGCAUCAUGAACCACCCCAUCAAGAACACCAGCGACGCCAACUCCUGCCAGAUCAUCAUCCCCCAGAACCAGGUCAACAGGAAACACGACAUCUAUGUGUGUAUGAUCUCGUACGCACACAACGUGGCAGCGCAGGGCAAGUACGUGGCCAUCAUCAGCACCACAGUGGAGACCAACGACCCUGAGAAGGAGGUCAAACCUGCACUGGACCUCCUGGAGCCCAUUGAGCAAAAGUUUGUGAGCAUCAGUGACCUGCAUGAACCAACUGAUAUGGGAACUGAUAGCCAGGUCUUCAUCUCGCGCACCUACGACGCCACCACCCACUUUGAGACCACCUGUGACGACAUCAAGGACAUCUACCGGCGCAUGACGGGCACGGAAUUUGACUUUGCUGAAAUGGAGCGCAAGCAGAACGACAUCUUCGGCGAUGCCGCUGACCAGUAGGGGGAGCUAGCGGGCCAGAUUGCCCAAACGAGGCGUUAUAAUCUCCAGUUAAAAAAAUAAUGCAACAGAAAUAAAAAAACAAAUGUAAACAAAACAAACCGACAACCAACCAAAAGAAAUGGGCUAGCUAAUGAUCCAGAGUAUUUUUUUUUUAUUCUCUCUUUUUGCCCUUAUAAAAAAGUUUCAGAUACUCAGUUACAAAUUUAGCAUUCUGCUUUGGGAGAGGGUUGGGUGACAUCAGAUUAUUUCCAAUCAGGGGGAGAGAGCACUGAUCUGGAAUGAUGGGAUAAUGUUUGGGGGGGAAAAAGCUCGCUCUCUCUUUGUCUUUCUGGCUCGCUCUCUCUCUCUGAUGCCAAAUAACCAGCGGUAUUAUCAAGUCUUAUGACCACACCUACCAGUACUUAUACACUCACAGUGGCAAAGAGAGGGAGGUAGAGAGAGAGAGAGAGAGAGAGAGAGAGAGAAGGGUCUGUGUCAUUGGUUUGUAAAGGAGAGAGAGGAGACGGUCUGCAAAAACUGAAUAUGCCCCCCCGCUUAUGGUGAACUGUGAGUUGAUGUGCGUCUGUGUGACGUGUGUUUGUGUGUGUGUGUGUGUGUGUGUGUGUGUGUGUGUGCGUGCCUGUUGUAGAGGUAAUGUUAGUUCCGCGCUUUCUCUUCUCGCUUCAGGAUGUCAUGAAUGUCACCCCUGAACCCCGUUUAAAAAAAAAAUAAAAAAAUCACUGAAUUCUCUGAUUUGAAUCUUGUUCGGCAUACAGUUCUACAUUCAGUUACCAAUCAGAAAUAACACACUGCAGCAACCAUUGCAGGGUUGUGAGGCGGUCCGUUGCAGUUUGCCCAUUGAUUUAGAGGACGAAUCAAAACAGCCAGUCACAGCUACUUAAAAACUGCUUGCAUCAUGUUAUCGCAGCAACCCCGAAAAGCUGUCGCCAGAGCUCUGUCGCAUUUCGAGUUUGAUUGACACCUCGCUUUCUGCCUCCGCAGCUCGCUUCCACAGAGGCAAAACCUUGUCAUUGGACAGAGCUGCAAACAAGCACUUACACAGCUUGCACAGUUUGGUGUGUGUGUGUGUGUGUGUGUGUGUGUGUGUGUGUGUGUACUGCCAGAGUGUACUCUCUUCCUAGACACCCAAACAGAAGUUUGAAGGGGGGAGGGGGGGGGCAUGGGGGCAGAUGUGGUGGCUGAGUUGUGCUGUAAUAUCUGUGUUGUGUUUAGAAAGGACCAAACGUCGCCUGCAGUAUUGACUUGACAGGAGCCCUGUGGGGAGGCAUUUAGUGUUUUUAAGAGAACCGUUAAAAAGCUCAAUGUUGUACUUACAGGGCUCAAAUGAUUUCUGUACUGCUAAAUAAACAUGAACUUGUGGGAAAAAAA